AAGAAAAGGGUAAAAUAAAAAAAAUCAAAGAUUACAAAUGGAUCGUCUUUCUUCUUCAUUACCCCCUUUAUACGAUCACCUUUUUUCUCCAAUCUCAGAUGAAGAUUUCAAACUCUUUUACUCAACUGAUCGGAGACUUUACGCGAAAUUGAUCAACCUUUUAGGUCGUGACCCUAAUGAAUCCAUGCAAAUCAUGGCAUUUUUUCAGUGGCUUGAAGUAGUUGGGAAAGACUGGUCUUUUAUGAGGAAGAUUUAUGAUUUUCCAUUCCCAUUGUUGAAUGUGGUGGCGAAGGAGGCCUUAACGUGCCUAAAAUGUGUGGAGGAUGACAAGUUCAGUACUGAAAAUGUUUCUCAGGAAAUAUUCUUGAUUCCAAAAUUGUUGAACCCCAAAUUCACUCUCAAAUACAUUCAUGAGAAUCGGGCAAGCGCCAUUCGUGGGGUCACGAAAUUCUUUAAGACAGUUUGUCUUAGGGCUUUUGAUGAUAUAGUGCAACAUCCAAAGUAUUUUACUAGGGAAAAUUUGGUUUCACCAAAUGUUUUAGAAGAAAUAGGAAGUAGUAGUAGAAUGGUGCCAAUUAUCAACCCUAGUCAUCAUGUCCCAAGUCAUGUUGGUGGUGUUUUUUUAGAGUCUAUGCAUAGUCAUGAGAACAAGGAAGAAAUGGGAAUUAAUAGUACAAGAAUGAUGUCAAUUCUCAACCCUAGCCAUGUCCCAAGUGGCGGUGGUGGCGGCGGCGGCGGCAUUUUUUUAGAGCCUAUGCAUAGUGAGAACAUUGAAGAAAUAGGAAGGGCUACUAAUAGAAUGGUGCCAAUUAACCCUAGUAGCCAUGUCCCAAGUGGUGGUGGUGUUGUUUUAGGUUUGCCUCUUUUGGUUCCUACUAAUCAAAUGCAAUAUAUGCCACAACCAUUUAUUGGAGGAAACUUGAAUUUGCCUAAUUAUGGACUUUUAUCUCAUGUGAAUGCUUCAAAUAUUGGUAGUGGAAUUCAUCAAAUGUUGCCUAAUUAUCAUCAUGAAUUUGGUGCACAUGAGGAAGGCGCCCCUCAGGCUAUGCACAAUGAUAUAGCAGAAUUGUUGAAGAACAGUUUGAAAAUUCAUGCUGAAGAAGAUAAAGAAGUCCCUCCUGAUGCUAGGACUGUGUUUUUGACUUUCUCCAAAGGCUAUCCAAUUACUGAAACUGAAGUUGUAGAGUUCUUCACCAGGAAAUUUGGGGAGGAUAUUGAAGCUAUUUACAUGCAAGAGGUUUCGGAUGAUGAGCAACCACUGUACGCACGCCUUGUAACUCGCUCUCUUGCUGCACUUGAGGCUAUUGUAGAUGGUGGAAAGGCUAAAUACAACAUCAAUGGGAAGCAUGUUUGGGCACGAAAAUAUGUGAAAAAACCAAAUCCAAAGAACCAGCUUUCCCAAUAUGAACUUUAUGAGGGACAAACCAGUUCACCAGUUGCAUCCAAUUCAGAGCUCUCUUAGAUGCAUGCGCAGUAGUCUGCUUUAUUUAUAUGUGCUUAAUUAUUUGAUGUCUGGGUUGUUGUUGUUUAGUAAAAGGUGUCAUGUUGUUAUAUUGUUAUUUACUUGGAUGUUUGAUGGUUUUGAGUUUGAUUAUGAUUUUUGCUUAAACUGGAUAUUUGGUUG